UUCAUUCAAUAUUCACGAUUUUCUGUGUGUAAACAUUUCAAAUUAUUCACGAAAAAAAAACAUGAACAAACUGAACUCCUAUUAUUAGAAAAAAUACUAAUAAUUCCGUUCCUAAUUGCCGAUUACCUAAUUUAAAAACAAUGAGGCUUUAAUCAAUAAACUGUCGAACAAAUUCAAAUAAAUUGAACUUUAUUGAAAACUGAAUAAAAUGGCCCGAAUACGAUGGUUCACAAGAACUUCCCGUAUCGUAGCCCUGUGCAGUUUCGCCAAUUUUAUAAACAGUGCCGACAGGGUGAUCAUGCCCAUCGCCAUAGUGCCCAUGACCAAAGUAUUCGGAUGGAAUUUGCAUUUACAAGGCUGGAUUUUGUCGGCUUUCGCUCUCGGAUAUUUUACUAGUCAGAUUAUCGGAAGUUUUUGGGCAUCAAAAUUGGGAGCCAAAAACGUAUUGAUAUGCAGUGUUUUGUUGUGGAGUAUAGCCACCUUUAUUACUCCAUUUCUUGCUGGGAGUGUUACAGCCUUGGUUACGUGCAGAAUACUUUUAGGAUUUGCAGAAGGUUUAGGUCUACCAACAAUAUUCCACCUCUUUGCCCACAGUAUCCCAGUAGAAGAACGAUCGCGCGCCUUCUCCUAUCUCCUAGCUUCAGGCUCCGUAGGUCAAACAGUAGCCUCAAUUCUGUGUCCCCAUUUUGCCUGGGAAGCUUGUUUCUUCUGGUUCGGCUCUUUCGGCUUUUGUUGGCUCUUUUUAUGGUAUUGUUUCUACCCUAGAGAUGUGUUUACUGGAGAGGAAGCGAUUCCAUUGCAUAUGCCCAAAGUUGUCAGUCACAGCAUCCGUUGGGCGGAUUUUAUUUUGAGUAAACCGCUAUGGGCGAUUUAUGCUGCACACUUUGCAAUGAACUGGUCUUCGUAUAUUAUUAUGAAUUGGUUGCCGACUUACAUGCAUACGUUUUUAGGAGCAAACGCUCAUAGUUUGAGUUUAACUUCGGUUCCUUACAUUGUCAAUUCGAUAUUCGGGAUUAUAUCAGGUCAUAUUGCAGAUGGGUUACUUUUAAACAAAAGCUGGAGUGUUUUGAAUGUCAGAAGACUAAUGACUUGUAUCGGACUAGUAGGCCCGGCUUUAUUUUUGGCAAUGUUUGGAGUAGUUGAACAUCUCUUUUUCGCCUUGAUUUUAGUAAGCAUUUCGAUGGGUUUGAGCGCCUGCAACUCUGCCGGGCACUUGAGUAACCAUGUAGAUGUGGCACCCAAUCAUGCGGGAACCACCUUUGCCGUUAGCAACACUAUAGCGACAAUUCCUGGAAUACUGUGCGGUCACGUGACUGCUAGUUUAGUUACGAUGUCCGAUGGGAAAUGGUUGGGUGUGUUUUUGGGUGCCACUUUUGUAAAUUUGACCGGGGCUUUUAUAUACUUUACGAAUAGUGUGGCCACACAAAUUUUGUAAAUAUAUAUUUUUUUUUCCUUAAGUAAAGUGAUAUUUAUGAAUAGAGAUACUUAUUAUAAUAAAAGUUAUAUGGAA